AUGGGAGGAGGCAUGGGCUCGCAUGGGGGUGUGGGGGCAGGUCUAGGGGGUCUGGGAGGGGUGGGUGGAGCAGGGGGAGGUGGGCCUGGGGGAGGUGUAUCUGCAAUGGGUCCUGCAGGCAGCAGAGUGGCGGCAAUGGCUGCUCGGCUCAGAAGCAUGGGGGUUACAAACCUGGCUGGGUUGGGAAUGGUGGGAAGCGGUGCAGGUGUUGGAGCUGGAGGUGCUGCUGGUGUGGGGGGGGUGGGAGGAGCAGGGGUGAUGGGUGGUGGGGAUAUGAUGCCUGACGGGCUGGGAGGAGCAGCAGGGGGAAUGGUUCGGGCUGCUGGUAACUUUGCUGGUCUGGCUUCUGCUGCAGGCUUGGCCGGACCUUCGGGCGGAGGCGUGGGAGGAGGUUUGGGAGGGAUGAGAGGGGCGGCGUUGGCUGAGCGAUUGGCGAGCCUAGGAGCUAACAUUGCAGACCUGGGGAGGUUUGAGAAUGUGAUGGAUGGUGCUGCUGGUGGUGGUGUGGCGGGUUUGAUGGAUUCAAGUGCUUCUAUUCCUAACUCUGCACUCGUUGGUGGGGGUUUAGGGGCGGGUAUGGGUGAUUCUGGUGCUGGUGGUUUUAGAGGUGGAUUGGGGGCCGCAGCAGCAGGUAUGGUUGGCAGAAAUGUAGGCUUGGUGGGAGGCUUGGGGUCGCUUGACCGGCUUGCAGCGGCAGGUUUGGUUGGCGGAGGUGCGGGGGGUCCAGGUAUGGGAGCAGCAGGAGCAGGUGGUCCGGCUGCUGUGGCAGCAGGUGCACUGCAAGCAGGGCUGCAGAUGCAAGAGCAAGUGAAUAUGGGGCAUGAGGGGAUGAUGGGGGGUGGAGGGGGCGGAGGUGGGGGAGGAGGGUUCAGCAACCUUGGGAAUCUACAGUUUAACUGGAACAGAUGA